CCAUUCGAUUGGCUGGCGCUGGAAAGCCGGGCGUGAGCGGCCGCAGCCUCGGUAGUGAGCCCCCGCGGGUCUCUGCCUCACUCGCUCUCCGCGCCCCGCCGCUCUUCGCUUCUUUUGCUCUGUCCGCCGCCAUGGCCCAAGCUGACAUCGCGCUGAUCGGAUUGGCCGUCAUGGGCCAGAACUUAAUUUUGAACAUGAAUGACCACGGCUUUGUGGUCUGUGCUUUUAAUAGGACCGUCUCCAAAGUUGAUGAUUUCUUGGCUAAUGAGGCAAAGGGAACCAAAGUGGUGGGGGCUCAGUCUCUGAAGGAGAUGGUCUCCAAGCUCAAGAAGCCCCGGCGGAUCAUCCUCCUGGUGAAGGCUGGGCAAGCGGUUGAUGAUUUCAUCGAAAAAUUGGUACCAUUAUUGGACACUGGUGACAUCAUCAUUGAUGGAGGAAAUUCUGAAUAUAGGGACACCACAAGACGGUGCCGAGACCUCAAGGCCAAGGGAAUUUUAUUUGUGGGGAGUGGAGUCAGUGGUGGAGAGGAAGGGGCCCGGUAUGGCCCAUCACUCAUGCCAGGAGGGAACAAAGAAGCAUGGCCCCACAUCAAGACCAUCUUCCAAGGCAUCGCUGCAAAAGUAGGAACUGGAGAACCCUGCUGUGACUGGGUGGGAGAAGAGGGAGCAGGCCACUUUGUGAAGAUGGUGCACAACGGGAUAGAGUAUGGGGACAUGCAGCUGAUCUGCGAGGCAUACCACCUGAUGAAAGACGUGCUAGGCAUGGCACAGGACGAGAUGGCGCAGGCCUUUGAAGAUUGGAACAAGACAGAGCUAGACUCCUUCCUGAUUGAAAUCACAGCCAAUAUUCUCAAGUUCCAAGAUGCGGAUGGCAAACAUCUGCUGCCAAAGAUCAGGGACAGCGCGGGGCAGAAGGGCACGGGGAAGUGGACUGCCAUCUCCGCCCUGGAGUACGGCGUACCUGUCACCCUCAUUGGAGAAGCUGUCUUUGCUCGGUGCUUAUCAUCUCUGAAGGAUGAGAGAAUUCAAGCUAGCAAAAAGCUGAAGGGUCCCCAAAAGUUCCAGUUUGAUGGUGAUAAGAAAUCAUUCCUGGAGGACAUUCGGAAGGCCCUCUACGCUUCCAAGAUCAUCUCUUACGCUCAAGGCUUUAUGCUGCUAAGGCAGGCAGCCACCGAAUUUGGCUGGACCCUCAAUUAUGGUGGCAUCGCCCUGAUGUGGAGAGGGGGCUGCAUCAUCAGAAGUGUAUUCCUAGGAAAGAUAAAGGAUGCAUUUGAUCGAAACCCAGAGCUGCAGAACCUCCUACUGGACGACUUCUUUAAGUCAGCUGUUGAAAACUGCCAGGACUCCUGGCGGCGGGCAGUCAGCACUGGGGUCCAGGCUGGCAUUCCCAUGCCCUGUUUUACCACUGCCCUCUCCUUCUACGACGGGUACAGACAUGAGAUGCUUCCAGCCAACCUCAUCCAGGCUCAGCGGGAUUACUUCGGGGCCCACACCUAUGAACUCUUGGCCAAACCAGGGCAGUUUAUCCACACCAAUUGGACAGGCCACGGUGGCAGUGUGUCAUCCUCGUCAUACAAUGCCUAAUCAUGCUGCGUCUGUCACCCUCCGCAAUUCCACAGACCAGGACAUUCCAUGUGCCUCCUGACGCGCCCACAUGGCCCUUUGCCGUAUUUUCUGUUCAGAUCUUUUUUAAAAAAGUGUUGUGAUUCCUGAGGAAGGCACAGAGUUUAUUUGUAAAGUAGCUUUGUGAGAGCUGCUGUACCCUCUGCCCUUGCCUCUUGGGACUGGCCAGGAGCUGCUCCUGUGCGUAGAUGUGGGAACCUCCUCCUCACAGCAGUGUCCCCGUGCUGGUGCGGCUCCCAGCACACAGGUGGGAAGAGUGUCUGUGCGCUCUAAGCAACUGGAACCUCUGUAUCAUGCGGCUCAAUUCCCUUUUCCUUUACUCAAUAAAACCGACAUCAGACUGAA